AUGAAGUUCACUGCUGCCAUUGGCGUUGCUGCCCUAUCCAUGGCCCCAUCUGCUGCGGCCUGGAAGCUGCCUCAUGCCAACAAGGCUGACGCUGCCACUCCUACUGGUUCUUCUUCCAGUGGCUUCCCUGGCGGUUUCCCAUCCGGAACCCCAUCUGUCACUCCAACCGGAACUCCAACCGGGUUCCCAACUGGAUGGCCUACUGAAUGGCCUACUGGGUGGCCCACCGGAUGGCCCACUGGAUGGCCUACUGCAUUCCCAACUGGAUUCUCCUUUGGCCGCCGAGCACCUGGUCAUGGACCUGGCCUUAAGGGACCCGGCCACGGAGGGCAUGAAGGACAUGGUCAUGGAGGACACGAAGGACACGGUCAGGGACCCAAGUCCACCCGCUUCCCCACCAGCUCUCCUACCAGUUCUCCUACCAGCGCGCUUCCUGGAUUCCCCGAGUCCACCGGUGUUCCCCCUGGGUUCCCCGGUGGCUUCUCUGGUAGCCAAGCCUCUAGCGGUUCCUUCACCACUCUGCCUAUUGCUACCGCGACUGCUGGUACUGUUGAGCAGGGUGACUUCGCUCGUCGACACGCCCGUCAUAUGUUGUUCUAG